CCCCGCCUCGCCCUCGCAGUGCAUGCCGGUCUUCUGCUUGGAGUCGCCAUUUUGCCGCUAGAGAUGCUGUCUGAAGACCAGUGCUCUCUUCCUUCAGUGGCCUAGGCUGCAUCGGGGUCUGAGCUGGGGUCUGGGCCAGGGCAUGAAAGUUCUCAAAUGUUCUGACGUGGACCUGGAACGCAGCUCCCCAAGCAGCAGACAUGUAGUUCUUGAACAGACUGCCUGGACCAUGGUCUGAGGAAGGAGUUCCUUUCCCUGUUUAUUUUUGACUCAGAAAGAAUACAGUACAGCAGCAGUCAAUCAGUGAUGAAGAGGCGGGCUAUAUGAAAUGUCCAAUCAGGUGAGCCGUUGAAGGAAGUCUCUUCCUGCGUGUAGACAUUGUUUACCUGUUUGGAACACAAAACUUGGAGCAGAAUGCUUGCUGGAUCUCAUUUACUGGUUUCGAAGUCCUGUGGCCUGAUUAGCAAAGCAUCUGGGAGACCCUCUAGCCACGGAAUGGAGCCAGUGACCUUUGAGGAUGUGGUCAUGAACUUCAGCAAUGAGGAGUGGGCUUUGCUGAGUCCAUCCCAAAAGAACCUCUACAGAGAUGUGGUGGGUGAAACCUUUAGGAACUUGACUGCAAUAGGAAGACUUGGGGAUAUCCAGGAAGCUAAAAAAGAAUGCAAGAUUUACUGGAGAUACUUAAGAAAUGACAAGCUAGGAAAGUCCUAUGGACAUACAUCUUGGAAUCAGUGUAAAGAAGUAUUCCUUUGUACUGCAGAAGGAUUUUCUGUUCUUUCAAAGAGCAGUAGCAGCCAGUCUCCUCCAGAAAUGUUUGGCCAAGCAGAAUCUGAUGCACUGAUCGGAAAGACCCAGAGUACUCACUGGUUGAUCCCAGAGCUGUUGAGGUCAUUGGAUGUGGAGCUGGCACAAGAUCUAGAUUCCUGCUGUGGAUACCUUGGAAGCCUGUGGAAUGACUCUCCGGUGUCCUUCACAAUGAAGAGAACAGCUUCACCCAAGUGACAGAUCCAUGUACUCAUUUUUCUCCAUCUCUGGAUCUCUGGCUGUGGGGAAGCUACCGCUGUCUCUGAAGAUUGCAAGAGGAGAGGCUGAUGAGCUUUGAGUGAGAAAAGGGGAAACACUCCAAAAGGAAUCAGGCUUUUGCCUUGGAUCCUGCCUGUAAGCAAGAGGCAGAGCCUGAGAGAAAAUUUUGCCCUAGUGCCAUCUCCCCUUAGUCUGUCUUCACAGAGAUAUGAUGGUAGCAGACCCAGCAAAGCCUCCUGGAUUCCUGAUACACAGCAACUCUGAGAGAACAGAGUUUAUCUCUUAUAUGAACUGACCUGUCUUCUAUCACACGUGUCUUGUCAUAUUUUGAAAAUGUAUGUAAUGACUGGACAGAAUUUAACCUCUCUGCCUUCUUUCACCAAUCAUAGUCAUUAAAGAUUAUGUACAGUGAGAUUUCUGUACAGUAUUUUCUUAUGGAUUUUCUUUAGUAGGUUCUCACUUCAUGGUUUGCUGUGAUUUGUUUAUUCAUUCAAAUGUUAUUGGAUAUUCACAUUGCAGUUUUCAGUUGUUGGAAACAAAGUUGAAGUGAAUAUCUUAUAAAAUUCUCUUCAUGACGUAGAGGAUUGUACGCACAGAAUCCUAAGAUAGUCAGAUGAGUUAAUCUGAAAUAAAUGCCAAAUGGUAUCUGAAGUGAAUGUACCCCAAGCAAGACAGAAGAAAUUUCCUUCGUGCACUUCCUCACCAUUACCAGUGUGUUUUGAUCAAAAAUGAAAGUCUCCCUUGUGCUCUUCAAAAAAUAAACAGGGUUUCUCUUGUGGGAUGAAUAUUCACUUACCUGGUAAUUGACAAUGAUAGGAGGCAUGUAGAAACUGGAAAGGGUUCAUGUGACUGCCUAGUGCAUGUUGAAGGCCUUAGAAGUGAUAGACUUGUGAGUCCACUCGAGGACUUGGAAUCACAGCUGGCUCCUGUGAUUCACACUGCAGGACCCAGGGAGUACAGGCUUCUCCUGAAGUUAAGGCCCCAUGACUAGGACAGUUCUUGUGAGAGUUACUUUGUAUUGCAUGACAGGCCUAUGACUUGACAGAAGAUGGAGGUAGAGGAGCCCCUAGCCCAAGCAGGGGGACUGUUCCUCUCUGCCCAUAAUACAUGUGUACAAUCUAGACAGCUUUGGAAAAUGGGAGUGGCCGAAAGAGUUAAAGCAAAACGUGAGUGAAACAGUCACACCAUGGGUGUUAUACCUAUGGGAAAAUGACAAAAAGAAAAGGCAAAAUGCAAUCUCAAACAUCUCGUCCAUCAGGAGCAAGAACAACCGACAUUGAAAUAGAGGACUUUAAAAGUCAUGAAUCAGAAACUUCAAAGAUAGCAAAUGAAGUAAAGAAACAAAUCCAUGAAGCUAUAGAGGAAAUCAAAUUAGAAAUAAUGUCUCAUGUAAAGAAAUAACAGAAGUAACUACUGUAGUAAACAAGUUACUUAACAUAGCAAGAGAAGAAAUUGAUAAAAACAAAAAAUACAGGAGCAUGGUAAAUUGAAACUAUGAAUGAACAAUGUAGAAAACAAGCAGAAUCUACAAAACAUAUGCAAAGAGAUAUCCAAGCAACAAAAAAAUAUAUUGAAAGCUGGCAAUACCAUUUAAAUGAAGCUCAGGAUAGAAUUUCAUAAUUUGAAGACAGUAUUGCAGGGAGUGAUCAUGAAAGUGUAGAACAUAUAAAAAUAGCAAAGCAUCAUGAAAUGACAAUCCAGCAGCUUCAACAUGAUGCCAAGAGAAGCAAUGUAAGACUAAUAGACAUCAGUGAAGAUGCAGGAGUCAAUGCAAAUGACAUAACUAAGCUGUUCACAUAAAUAACAACAGAAAAAUUUCCAAACAUGAGGAAAAUUCUGAUAUACAAAAAAGUGAGACACACAAAGUCCAAAACAGUCACAACAAACAUAGGUCUAUGGUCAAACAUAUAAUAAUUAAGAUCCCAGACAUACAGCUUAAAAACAGAAUACUAAAACUGUUAAAGACAAGACACAACCCACCUGUCCAGGAAAGACUAUGAUUACCAUUAAGGCAAACUUUUCAGCACAAACCUUCAGGUUAAGAUGAGCUUGGAGUGAACAAUUUCAAGCCCUAACAGAAAACAACUUUCAACCUAGACUGAUGUACCCAGAAAAAGUGUCUUUCAAAUUUAAUGGAGAAACAGGGUACUUCAAUGACAAAGAACAAGUGAAGAAAUUCAUGCCCACCAAACCAACCCCAGAAGGAUUACUGAAAGACAUGCUAGAUAGAAAGAAAAAUGACCACAAUCUCCAGAACAACAGAAAGAAAUGACCAGGCUGGGCAAGAAAUUGAAUAAGGGAGAAAAGCAGGAAAUCAACAACAAGAAUACAACAUGGCAAAUCAAGUCAGUACAUAUCAGUGAUAUCCAUAAAGGUAAAUGGGCAUAACUCACCUAUAAAAAGAAAUAGGUUGACAGAAUGGAUCAAGAAACAGGACCCCACAGUGUACUGUACAAACACAUCUUACUCAAAAUUCAUAGAUUAAAAGAGAAAGGAUGGAAAACAGUUUUACAUGAAACAGGAACCAAAAAAAAAAAAGCGGGGUAGCUAUUCUGUUUGUAGAAAAUGUGAACUUUAAACCUAAAAUAUUUAAAGGAGAUAAAGAAGGCCACUAGAUACAUGUAAGUGAGAAAAUGCAAGAGGAAGAAUUACAAAUAUAUAUGCACCAAAUACAGGAGCACCCAACUAUACACACAAAUACUAAUGGAUAUGAAAAACCAAGUACAAAUAUAUAAUUUGCAGUAGGAGACUUUAACACACCACUGUUAGAGAUAGAUCAAUGAGACAAAAAGUCAACAAAGAAAUAACAGCACUGAAUAAUACCUGUGAGCAAAUGGACUUGAUGGAUGUUUACAGAGUGUUCCACCCAACCACAUCAUAAUUUAUAUUAGAAUACAUAUUCUUCUUAGCUGUACAUGGGACCUUCUCCAAAAUAGAUCAUAUAUUAACCCACACAAUGUGCUUAACUAAGUGCAAAAGGAACUAAAUUAUCCCAUGCAUAAUAUCAGAACAUAUCUCAGUAAAAUUGGAAAUCAAUGGCAAAAAAGUGCAAAGCAUUCAUAUACAUGGAAAUUAAAUAACAACUUUCUGAAUAACCAGUGUGUUACAGAUGAAAUUAAAGGGCAAACAAUACAAUACUUACAAUACAGUGAAAACGCAGAUACAACAUAGUGUAACCUAUGGAGCGUAAUAAAGCAGUCCUCAGAGGGAAAUAUAUAACAAUAAAUAGUCACAUGAAGAAAAUGGAAUGAACACAAAUAAAUAACCUAAUGCUACAUGUCAAGUUUCUCGAAAAAGAGCAAGUCAAACCCAACACUGAUAGAAGAGAGGAAAUUUUAAAGAUUAGAGCAGAAAUUAAUGCAAUUGAAACUGAAAAAAAAUGUUACAAAGAAUUAAGGAAUCAGUUGGGGUGUAUUUGAGAGAAUAAACAUAAUUGACAAUCCCCUGGCCAGCCUUAUCAAGAAAAAGAAAGAAAACUAAAAUCCACCCAAUAAUGACUGAAAAGAGGGAAAUUACUACAGAUUCCAUGGAAAUUCAAAAUUUCAUGAAUACCUACUCUGAAAAUCUCUAUUCACAGAGAGUUGAAAGCUCAGAGGAAAUGGACAGAUUUCUAACCUCAUGAACUAUCAAAGCUCAAUAAAGAAGAUAAAAUAAUUUUGAAUAACCCAGCAUCAGCUACUGAAAUUAAAAACAAUUCAAAAACUUACCAAAAGCCCAGGUUCUGAUGAAUUCAUGGCUGAAUUCCAUACAAACUUUAGAGAUCAAACUUCAAUACUCCUUAAACUCUUCAAUGAAAUUGAAAGACAAUCAGUCCUGCCUAACUUCAUUCUUAGAAGCAAGUAUCACUCUGAUACCAAAAUCAGAAAAAGACCCAACCAAUAAGGAGAACUAAAUGCCAGUCUCACUCAUGAACAUUCAUGCAGAGAUUCUCAAUAAUAUAUUAGUAAAUAGAAUGCAGCAAAUCAGCAAGAAGAUUAUACAUUAUGACCAAGUGUGAAUACGUCAAUAAAUGAAAUACUCCACAUUAACAGAGCCAAAACUAAAAAUCACAUGAUCAUCUCAAAAGAGGCAGAAAAAGCUGUUUAUAGAGUCCAAAACCUGUGCAUGAUGAAAAGCCUACAGAAACUUGGAAUAGAUGGUAUCUACCUCAAUCUCAUAAAGACCAUUGAUGGCAAACCUACGGCCAACGUUAUACUAAAUGGACAAAAAUUGAAAGCCUUCACACUAAAAUCAGGAAGAAGACACAGAUGUCCACUAUCACAACUCCUCUUCAAUAUAGUUCUGCAAGUAUUAUUCAGAGCAAUGAGACAAAAGGGUGAAGUAAGAAGAAUAAAAAUAAGUUAAAUUAUCAUUACUUGCAGAUGACAUGAUAUUUCACAUAGAAGACCCCAAAAACUCCAUUAGAAAACCACUAAAGGUAAUAAACAAAUUCAGCAGCCUAGCUGGAUACAAAAUGAAUGCUCAAAAAAAUCAAUAGCAUUCCUGUACCCAAACACCAUGAGAGAGAAAUUAUGGAAAUAUCACCUUUCAUAAUAGCACCUAAAGUAAUGAAAUACUUAGUUAUCAACCUAGCCAAGAAUAUAAAAGGGUUAUGUGCUGAAAAUUAUACUACUCUAAAAAAAGAGAUUGAGGAGGAUAUUAGAAAAUUGAGGGAUAUUCCUUGAUUGUGGUUAGGAACAACCAACACUGUGAAAAUGGCGAUACUCCCAAGACUGUUACACAGAUUCAAUUCAGUCCCAAUCAAAAUACCAUUAACAUACCUUGCAGAUCAAAAGAAAAUAUUCCUACAAUUCACCUGGAAACAGAAGAAACAUUGAAUAGCAAAGGCGUUUUUGAGUAACAAAGGCAAGACAGGAGGGGUCUCAACUCCUAACUUAAAACUAUACUACAGAGUCACAGUAAUAAAAAUCAGCAUAGUGCUGGCAGAGACCUGAGGAUCAAUGGAAUAAAUUAGAAGAUGCAAACACUACCAGCAACUUUAUAUUUGACAAAUGGGGUAAAUAUGUUCCCUAGAAGAAAGAUAGCCUCCAUAAUAAAUGGUAUUGGAAAAAUUGGCUUUCCAUAUUCUGAACACUGAAACUACAUGCAUGUUUAUCACCAUACACUAAACUAAAGUGUAAGUAGAUCAAGGAUCUAAAUACUAAAAAAGAAACACUAAAUCAACUAGAGAACAAGGUAGGUAGAAAACUUGGGGACAUUGGGGUUGGCAGAGAAUUUGUGAAUAAAAUGCAAACCACAUAGGAAAUACUUCAAAGAACCAACAACUGGGAUCUCAUAUUAUUAAAACAUUUUUGCACUUCAAAAAAAAUCAACAACUAAGUGAAAAGUAAACUCGCAAAAUGGGAAAGAAUUUUAGCAAACAGCCACUCAGACAAAGUACUUAUAUCCAGAACAUAUAAAGAACUGAAAAACACCAAGCCCCACAGAUUCGAAGACCAUCUCCACAAAUGGGCAUCAAAUAUAAACACACAGUUCUCAGACAAAGAUAUACAAAUGGCAAAUAAAUAUAUGAAAAAAUGUUCAACAUUAAUGAUCAUUUGAGAAAUGCACAUUAAGACAGCAUUGAAAUUUCCUCUCACUCCAGAAAGAAUGGCUGCCAUCAAGAAAUCAACUGAUAACAACUGUCGGUGAGACUGUGGGGAAAAGGAACAUCAAGAAUUACCCCUGUGUUCCUGGGGUAAAUCCCACUUGGUCAUGGUGUAAAAUCUUGAUGAUUUGGUGGGAGUGUAGACUGGUGCAACCACUGUGGAAAUCAGUAUUGAGAUUCCUUAAAAAACUAGGAUUGAAUGUUCCAUUCAAUCCAGUUAUUCCUUUCCUGAGUGGUUUCACAGAAAAACUAAUAAUGUCAUGUCACAGUCAUAUAUGUGCACCCAUGUUCAUAGGAGCACAAUAUGUGAUAGCUAAGACUUGAAAACAACCAAAAUGGUCCUCAGCUGCAGAGUGGAUGAAAAAUGUAUUUAUAUACAUUUUUACUACACUUUGAUAUAGAAAAGGAUGGUCUUGAGUUCUUUACAGGUAAAUGGAGGCAACUUGAGAAUAUACUCAUAAGUGAAAUAAACAACAUUCACAAUAAUAAACAUCACAUUUUGCAUAUGGUGUAAAACAUAUUAAAAAAUGACAAAGUAAUAUGAUCCAAAAAGUAUAAUAGAUAUUGUAAAGGAGAAAGGAAACUGCUCUUAAGGAUAUAAUGAUAUGUAUAGUGUGUAAGAUAGAUGUCCAUAUUACUAAAUUUCUGUUAAUCAUUUAUAAGAAAGGUUUUCACUGUAAAUGUUUGAGUGUUUAGCCACUUUUUAUGCUUUUUUGUCACUUUAACAAUUAUUUUUAAGAUGACCAUAUGUAAUGUAUCAACUAGUGAUUUUAUGAUGUUAAUUUUUUUGAGAUCUGUAUGCUACCUUUUUUAUUGUUUCCUUUAAUAAAAACAUUUUUAAAAGAAAUGGAUGUGGAGUUCUCUGCCCUCCAGGCCUUGCAACAAUACCUGCACAUGCAGUGGAGAGAAUCCUUGGGAUCCACUUCACUCUGGGUGGCCACAAGCUGGACUGCAGUGGGAUUAGUGGUAUUAUGCUUUACCUUUAUUGUGGUUGUGGUCUUUGUGUGCAUGAGUCCACCCUAUGGGUCACUUACAAUAAGCAUAUUUUCCCUGAUCUUUGAGGUGGUGGAAUGUGGAAAACCACUUCCCAUUGUUUCAACCCCAAAGGCUUUGAGGACCUGUAUGGAACUGACCCAACUGAAUAGCAUAUGCACAGCAUGGACACAAGUCUAUAAGCAGAACUUAGCAUAGACUGCGAUGGAUGCGCUAAGGUUUGUGACAGUAUGCAAGAAUGUAAUGCCUAAUGAUGAGUGAUAUUUCCAGCCUUGAUAAUAAAGAUGCUUGUUUAUUGUUGUUGCUAA